AUGGCCGAGCCGGUGGCUGCAGCGGCCGCGGCGCCCGCGGGGCUGGAGGGCGAGGACGGGCCGGUGCGCUUCGCCCGCAAAGGCGCGCUCCGCCAGAAGAACGUGCACGAGGUGAAGGACCACAAGUUCACCGCCCGCUUCUUCAAGCAGCCCACCUUCUGCAGCCACUGCACCGACUUCAUCUGGGGCUUUGGGAAACAAGGAUUCCAGUGUCAAGUCUGUUGCUUUGUAGUCCAUAAGAGGUGCCAUGAAUUUGUUACCUUCUCCUGCCCGGGAGCAGAUAAGGGCCCCGCUUCAGAUGACCCACGAAGCAAACACAAGUUUAAAAUACACACAUACUCCAGCCCGACCUUCUGUGACCACUGCGGCUCCUUGUUGUAUGGACUUAUCCACCAGGGGAUGAAAUGUGAUACCUGCAUGAUGAAUGUUCACAAACGCUGUGUGAUGAAUGUGCCGAGUCUCUGUGGGACAGACCACACCGAGCGCCGGGGCCGGAUACACAUCAAGGCAGACAUAGAAAACGAAGUCCUCACUGUUGUAGUACGAGAUGCUAAAAAUCUAGUUCCUAUGGAUCCCAAUGGCUUGUCAGACCCCUAUGUGAAACUCAAACUCAUCCCUGACCCGAAAAGUGAAAGCAAACAGAAGACCAAAACGAUCAAAUGCUCUCUGAACCCCGAGUGGAACGAGACCUUUAAAUUUCAGCUGAAAGAGUCUGACAAGGACAGGAGAUUGUCUGUGGAGAUUUGGGAUUGGGACUUGACCAGCAGGAAUGAUUUUAUGGGAUCUCUGUCCUUUGGGAUCUCGGAGUUGCUGAAAGCCGGGGUCGAUGGCUGGUUUAAGUUGCUGAGCCAGGAAGAAGGCGAGUACUUCAAUGUCCCCGUUCCCCCCGAAGGCGAGGAAGGCAACGAAGAGCUCAGGCAGAAAUUUGAGAGAGCCAGGAUUGGUCCCGGAUCCAAGGCAGCGGAGGAGAAGAUGCUGAACGCCAUCUCCAAAUCUGACAGCAACAAUGGGAACCGCGACCGCAUGAAGCUCACUGACUUCAAUUUCCUGAUGGUGCUGGGCAAAGGCAGCUUUGGGAAGGUGAUGUUGUCUGAAAGAAAAGGCACUGAUGAGCUCUAUGCUGUGAAGAUCCUGAAGAAGGAUGUGGUCAUCCAAGAUGACGACGUGGAGUGCACCAUGGUGGAGAAACGGGUGCUGGCCCUGGCUGGCAAGCCACCCUUCCUGACCCAGCUGCAUUCAUGCUUCCAAACCAUGGAUCGCUUAUAUUUUGUGAUGGAAUAUGUGAACGGUGGUGAUCUAAUGUACCAGAUUCAACAGGUUGGAAGGUUUAAGGAGCCCCAUGCUGUGUUCUAUGCUGCCGAAAUUGCCAUCGGGCUGUUCUUCCUCCAUUGCAAAGGCAUCAUUUACCGUGACCUGAAACUCGACAAUGUCAUGCUGGACUCCGAGGGACACAUCAAGGUUGCGGAUUUCGGCAUGUGCAAAGAGAACAUGUGGGAUGGGAUCACCACCAAGACCUUCUGUGGCACUCCAGACUACAUUGCUCCUGAGAUAAUUGCCUAUCAGCCCUAUGGGAAAUCAGUGGAUUGGUGGGCCUUUGGAGUCCUGCUCUACGAAAUGUUGGCUGGGCAGGCGCCAUUUGAAGGUGAAGAUGAGGAUGAGCUCUUCCAGUCCAUCAUGGAGCACAAUGUGGCGUACCCGAAGUCCAUGUCCAAGGAAGCCGUGGCCAUCUGCAAAGGGCUCAUGACCAAGCAUCCCGCAAAGCGCCUGGGGUGUGGCCCUGAAGGGGAGCGAGACAUCAAGGAACAUGCUUUCUUCCGUUACAUUGACUGGGACAAACUUGAACGGAAAGAGGUCCAACCUCCUUUCAAGCCAAAGGCUUGCGGACGGAAUGCUGAAAACUUCGACCGGUUUUUCACUCGUCACCCACCUGUCUUAACACCACCUGACCAGGAAGUCAUCAGGAACAUUGACCAAUCAGAAUUUGAAGGAUUUUCCUUCGUUAACUCUGAGUUUUUUAAGCCUGAAGUCAAGAGCUAAGUAGCCGUUGUAGACCAUUCUCCGUCCAACUGCUGGCCCUCCCUCGUAUCCAUCCGAUCCCAGCAGCUCUUGUGGUGGCCUCCUCCAUUGCUUUGAAUUUCUUUUGCAGGGAUACUGGAGUGACCAUAUUUCAAAGGCAGGCCCAUCCUCACUCAGCAGGGCUGUGGGCAGACACCUGUGCAGGAUCACUGGAGGGCGGGCAAAGGUGGCUCAUAUCCACAAGACUCGGACAGACUCAUUGGUGUGAAGGUGACCCUGGGAGAACUCCCCCAGGGCUCGCCUCAUGGGGACAGUGCAAAUUGGAUCACUUGUUAAAGACCAGAAAUGUACGGACCUCUCCCACUAGAUGGUUUUUCAAAGGACCGGAUGUGGUUGCCUUGCCAUGUUAGGUGGCUAAUAAAUGUUUUAAAUAAACCAAUAAAAAUAUUCAGAAGACGCAGAUUUUGGUUGAGCGUGCUGCCGACUCUCUUUCUGCCUGCGGGCUGCUGUCCCCGUAAGAACGACACACUCCAGACCAUUUUGCACAGUGAACUGACUUGCCCCUUUGUGCGAACUGAACUCUACACAAAGACCAUGGCAGCGGCAAUUAAUACAAAUGAAUAAAUGUGCCCUCUGGUGGCAGAUGAGGCACCACCCUGUCAAUCCUGUGGCUUUGUGUGACCUUGCCCACAAGGAGGGAGGUGGGGAGGCACCGCCUGAAGCCUCGCCGUGCAAGGGAGGGGCUGUGGCUCAGUGGCAGGACGUCUGCUUUGCAGGCAGAAGGCCUCCAGUUCCAUCUGUGAUGUCUCCAGUUAAGAGGAGGAGAAAGGAAGUGAUGUGAAAGAGCUCUCCCCGAAGCCCUGGAGGGCCGUUGCCAGUCAGAGUAGACAGUACUGACAU